GUAACGGGUGGUUACGUCGUGGGGUAUUUUCAGCGCACCGCCGUUGUCGACGAAACCUCCCGUGAUCGAGAUAAUAGAUCAACCAAGCCGGGAGGCGUGUCACCAUCCUUGCGCCUUUCCCCCUUAUUUGAACCCCUCUCGACGACAACGACGCCGCCACCAACAAUAACAACAAGGAUGUUCGUUUUCAUGGCGGUGGCCAUGGCUGCAGUGGUCGUCGCCGGCGUUGGGAACACCACCACGACUACCAAUUCGUCGUCUUCAUCUGGUUGCGCGGACGAUCUGUUCUUUGCCCUCCAGCCCGCGUUCGUCCUCGGCCCCAUGUCCAUGCGCACGUUCGUCAAAGGACCCACCAUGUGUGCGCAAGUAACGUUUCCGAACGCCGCCGCCACGGUGCGCUGGGUGGCGGUGGGCUUUGCCAAAACCGCCUACAUGGUCAACAAUCCGGUCACGAACGUCGUCGUGCUGAAUGCGGCCACGGCGAUCACGAGUUUGCACCUCAUGCAAAGCUACGAAAGUGUGCCGGUGCAGCCGGGUGUACCCAGCAUCCUUCAAACCCAAGGCAGUGUUACGUCCGGCGGUGCGAUAUCAUUCACGUUUGAAAGGCCAUUGGCGAGCUCGACCCCCUUCGACGUUGCCCUGGACCCCGCUGCCAUGACCAACGUCCUUUGGGGGUACGGUACGCACACAUGGCCUGCCAAACACGUCGAAUGCGGCGACGUUCAAGUUACGUUGGCGUCGUCCACGAUUGUCGUCAAGUCAGUCGCGUACACACCGAUAACCCCUGCGAUCAUUGUCGUUGCGUUCGCGGUCAUGAUGGGGUUGGGCCUCCUGUCCACGUACGAGACUACGUGGCGUCGGUGGUCCCAGGCGGCUGUAAUUGCCCCAUCGAAGCGCGCAUCGCCCUUUAGGGCAAACCCGCUCAAAGUGGGGGAAGCCGUCGUCGUGCUCGUGUACGUUGGAGGCGGCGUUGUCGUUUGUUCGAACGUGUACACGACAUUCAUCGAUCACUCUGAGUUGCAUCGGUGGAGUUUAGCAUUGGGCCACUUGGCUUUGCAAUCGCUGGCGUUUCUCCUCCUUCCCGUCGCCCGAGGCCAGCACUGGGAGCUAGUGUUUGGCACGUCCCACGAGCGGCUACUCAAGUUCCACCGGUGGCUUGGGCUCUUUUGUGUCGUGACAAGUACAGCGCACUUGGUGCUAAAUGUUGCCAAUCGCGUCACGGUCGCGACGGUCGAGCCGUACGGGUCCCAGGAGGCGGUGCCACUGUUUGGGUUGCUGGCGUACGUUGCGUUUGCGUCCAUGGCGCUGCUGGCAUUCGAGCCCAUUCGCCGCGCCAUGUAUGAGGUUUUUUAUUACUACCACCGGGUGGCAUCAGUCGUCGGGCUGUGUUUUGUGAUGCUGCACAGCUCCACGGUCCAGUUCACUAUGCUCUUUCCGCUGAUCGUGUAUGGCGUAUCCGCUCUUGGCCGCGUCAGUGCGUAUUGGAACCACCAUGACGCCGCCAUCGCCGUGGAUGGCUCGACAUCAGUGGUGGUGACGCUGCCCGCGACCGCGCAAACGACCAAGUGGGCGACAGAAGUCCAUCCAUGUGCGUUUUUCUGGGUCAACAUGCCGGCCAUUUCGCUUCUACAGUGGCACCCGUUCACGGCAAUCAUCACGCGCGACGGCAAGUCGAUUUCGUUUUGCAUGAAGUCGAUGGGGGCGGGGGGUUUUGUGGACCGCGUGGUCCUGCAUGCCGCCACCGUCCAAACGUUGAGCGUCCUCGUGGGGGGUCCGUACGGGAAGCCGUCCAUAGAACUGGAAACGUUCGACGUGCUGGUGAUGGUGGCUGGGGGGGUUGGGAUCACGCCCAUCCUCAGUGUGAUCAACAGGUUCAGUCAAACGACGACGGGGACUCGUACACUGCACUUGUUUUGGGUCGUACGGUCGGCCCAGGACUUGCUCGUGGCAGAAGGCUUGAUGUUUCCACUCCCGGCGAAUGUGCGGGCGACGUUUUAUGUCAGUCAAGCGAGGGAGGACGGCACGGUGCGCUGUCGCCGCUCCAGCGACUCCGUCACGUAUGUGCAUGGCAAGCCAGUGAUGGGCGAUAUCAUCAACAACACGAGGUACCUCAGUGUCAACGCGACGUCUGUGGGGGUACUCGCGUGUGGCCCACCGUCGUUGGUGCAAGAAGCCCAGUGGUUCAGCCAUGCUUGUGGGUUUGCCUUUCACAAGGAAGGAUUUGCGUUCUAGCUGGCAUGAUGUACUGAACGUUUAUCUAACACCAGAAAUGUCUGCCUUCAUUUGAACCAAAGAUGUGGACACGAUGGUAUGUUCUACAUUUGUAUCAUUGGCUAUCGCUGAGCAACGAAUUGUGCCCCAAAACCGACUAUGAUU